UUUUUAUACAUUUUAUAGUAAAUGUGCAUGAAUUCACGUCUAAAAAUGAAUUGUACCUAAAAUGUCUUGUAGUCAAAGGCCACCUGAUGCUUGUAAACCUCCAGCUCCAGCCAUGAGUUGUAUUCCAUGGUUGAUAAAAAAUAGUAUCAUUUUUGGAACUGGUGUCUACACAGGGGUUUACAUAGCACAAAAUUAUCAGAUUGACAAAGUUGAAGACCCCAAGGCACUAUUUGAAAAAGCUCAAUGUUAUGUGAAAACAAAAAUGGAAGAAUUAAGCAAGAAAGGCAAGGAUUGAAACAACUGCAUAUAAAUUAUUUAUGAAUUUAAUUUAAUUUUCUGUAAAUAACAUUUACUAGGUAUACAGUUUAAUGAUUUUAAAUAAAUAAAGGUAAAAAGAAA